AUGGUGCAGCCCGUGCCUGAAGACGCAUCGACGUUUGAGUCGAGUCAAGUACUAGAACAAAUCCAACAAUUGCCCGAGUUUAAUCAGUUGAUUGCUGGUUUCGAAGAGAUGGAAGAAUUGGAAUAUCAAGGCCAGCAGCAACAGAAAGAGGACAAGGAGGAAGAAAAGAAGCUUCCACCUCAAUGUCGGAAACUGGAAAUAUACAUUCACUCUUUACAAGAUCUCAACAAUAUCAUUGAUUGUGAAACCAUUGUUGGUGAUAUUAUCAUUAGUGAGUUCAACUACCCUAUAAUCACGUUGACCAAGCUCAACACUUUGAAAGGGAACCUUACCAUUUUCAAGUCGCCCGAGUUGGUUCGUAUUGAGAGUCCUCAUUUGACCACGAUAGACGGCUGGUUCAAGCUUUUUGAGUUGACCUCGUUGGCGUUGAUUAGUUUCCCCAGUUUGAAAAAAGUUCAAGUCUUGUGCUGGGAGAUUUUACCCAUUUUGAGCAACGUUCAAUUCCACAAUGAAAUCCAAGGCAUUGAAAGUAUAACCAUCUCGGAUACUUCCCUAACGGGGUUUUCGGGAUUCUUGACGAAUGAAUUAAAGAGGCUCGACAUUAAUAAUAACAGGUUUAUGGACAACGUCGAGUGCAACGUCGAGACCAUUUCGGAGUAUUUCCAUCUCAGCUCCAACAGUAAAGAGAUGAAGGUAAAUUUGCCGAACUUGAAAAAUGUCAAGGAGAUAAGUAUCAAAAACGUUGAUAUCUUGCAAUUGGAGAAUUUGGAAAAAGUUGAAAACUCAAUGAAGUUGCAGGAUAAUUACUUUAAGCUGCUCAAAUUCCCCAAGUUGAAACUAGUGGGCGGCACGUUGAAUCUAGCCAAAAACUCCAAACUAGUCAGUAUCGAUACUCCGCAAUUGGAAGAAAUCGCCGGCGGAUUGAUGAUUAUCAACAAUGCCAAGAUUUCCAAAGUCAAUAGCUUCCCCAAUUUGAAAAUCAUCGGCGGCGCGUUGGAAGUUAAAGGUGCCAUUGACGAUAUCUCACUCAAGGAGAUCAAGUUGAUCAAGGGCAGUGCCAUUGUCGCUAGCACGUCACCGGCGUUUGACUGUGGCAAAUGGGCCAAACUGGAGAUUUUACUAGUGGUUAGAGGCGGCAAGAUUGAGUGCACCAAUGCCAAUAAUGAGAAAACCACGGCCAGGACGAGAGAAAACGGAGGCAAGCAGCAAAAUAACGGCGGCGGAGGCUCAGGAGGAGGGGGACAGAAUGGUAGAGGUGAUAAACUGGGCCUGGCUCAACUGAAGAAGAAUAAUAAUGGGACUUCCUCGGGACUAAAACAAGCUGGAGGUAAUGGUGGUGGUGGAGAAACUUCUACAAAUGGCGCCUCAAUGAGAAUCCCCGCUUUGCAACCGUCGAUUUCAUUGACUCGUAAUAUCGUGGGCUUGAUCCUAGUUGCAUGGUUAUGUCUUGAUCAAUUGUAG